GGCUUUUCCCGCAAGCGUGCAAUAGUCGUGAGGCGAAGCCGACGCACGAUUCUGGUCUCCCUUGCUUGCUGCGUGGUCGGCGUGGCUCCCGAAGUUUGAGACCGACGUUUCAACCGAAGGUUCCCAUCUAGUCAACACCCUCAAGGAUCGUUGCGACGAAACGCUCUGCGUGGCCGCAAUGUCUCCCAACGUCGUUUUUCUGGCGUUGUUCAUGGCCUCUCUGAGUUGCCUCGCCGGAGCCCACAGCAAGUACAGCGAAGCCCUGAACAAAGUUGGGCCGCCACCCACUGCAGACGCCGAGAAGAAACCGUUUCGCAUGCACAAACUCAACCUAAUUUGGGAGAAGGCACAGAAGAGGCUAAGCGAUGCCAAACUGAAGGGACUCUUUGCCGACCUCAAAGUGCAAGACAAAGAAGAACUUGCGUGGAAGAAAAUGAUGGGACAGGACAAAGAUGGCCUCAAGGAAGCUGAACUUCGAGGCAAGCUCAAAGCGAUCGUGGACAAGUUCGAUCUGUCUGAUCAGUUCAAGCACCAUCAAGAUGAACCGCCGGAGCACCCGAAUGUAGCUCGUAAGGAAGGCUACAUGUUCAGAGACAAGAAGCUCAACAAGCUCUGGAUGAAAGUCCAGAAGGCAGGCCUCAGUGAUCAGGAGUUGCUUACACUCAAAGAAGAAUUCCAACACCAUCAGGACAAGAUCGACGAGUUCUAUGCCACACAAGACAAGGAUGGAAAGGAUUUGGGCAACGAUGUGGAGCUGAACAUGCUGGGCGAGGAGGAGCGGCAGAACGGUCUCCUCUCUGGCGACCUAGAGAAGCAGAGCCACGAAGCCCUGCUCGACUCGUACCGCAAGCUCAGCAGCCGCGCCGAAGAUGCCUGGAAGCGCAAGGGCGGCUUCGCUGAGGACAAAGUCCAGCGACUGUGGAAGCUCGCGCAGCAGGGAGACUUCUCGCCCUCGGAACUGGAAUCUCUCAAGGAGGAACUGCAACACUACGAGCACAGAAUACGAAAACUGGGCCAUUUCCAGACUGAACUGGAACAGCAUGGGGCUGACCCCAAGGCAGCUCCGGAUGAGGACCAUGUCAAGACGCUGAAGCAGCGCAUCAAGCAGUACAGCCAUAAGGUCAAUAAGGUGCACCAGGACCUGGAAGGACGCAUCCUUCAGCGACACCUGGAACUCUGAAAUCUCUCUAUGGCUAUGCUUGGACCAAACGGAUGCAUUCAAAGGAAGCGUUUCGCCAACAUGACUUCCAAAAGCCAAACCCGGUGCCUUCGAGAUAAGCUGCUUACGCACACUUGCCACUGGACUUGUCGUGUCCGUAUAUCCCAGUAUUCAUGAAUGGUACUCAGCUUGGAAGUGUUCCCUUGGCCUCACUAAGUGUAGAGCAGUUCCACUUUUUGACUUCGCUGAGUGCUGCUGUACAUUAAUGCUCACAGGCAAUUCUUAUGGUGAGGAGUUUCUUUAAACAUGUUUGAGGGCCUUUGAGUAGGUACUGGGAGAGCUUGGUUACUAAGAACUAAAUAAUGAGAACUAUAAUGAAGUUAGUUUCUUCCUGUUCAAGUGAACUGCUGUGUGUCAUAAAUAUGAGUGCCAGGUCUAUACGACCCUACCUGCUAAACCAAUCUCUGCUCAAAUUUUUGCACAGGGGUACCACUUUUCACAAAGUUUAAUAGCACGUUUUCAGGCAUUAAUUGCCAGUUUCGUCAUAAGUUGGCGAUGCCACUCAAAAAUGUUCUAUUCUGCUGCCAUGGAAUGGUGGUAGCGUCUGUUACGGAUAUGGGAAAAAACUGUGUUCACCUUAGCCGUGACAGAUGGCGUCACUGUAGACAUCCACUCGAGAUUUAUUGUGGACAAAACUGUGGGUGACGCCCAAAAAUGUGGCACUAAAUUUAGAAGAGCAGAGAAUUGGGCAACUUGGUUAGGAUUUUAGGUUGUGGGCAGCACAGGAGACUAAGAUGAAGAAUGUGAGAUGACAAACAUGGCAACAGCUGUGGUGUUUAACUAAACUUCAUGCCAAGUGGUACUAUCUAUGAAAUGUGAGGGGAGUUCAGCAAGCGGGUUAGGAUAAAGUCAUUCACAACUGGCGCUCCCAUUUAUGCGAGAGUCUGUAGGAGCUAGAACCUCACUCUAGUUAUGAUUGCUUAUUCUGUUACUGUACUAGCUGAAGUAACCCAUACGGUCACUGUGCUUUAAUUUUGAACAAUCAUGCACAUCUGGCACUCUUAUUUAUGCAAGAGUCUGUAGAACUAGAACUUCACUCUAGUUCUAGUUACUUAGUCCUUAGUAUCUGUUACUGUGCUAACUGAAGUAACUGAUACAGUCACUGUGCUUUAAUUUUGAACUCAUUCUAGUUCAUUAGAAUGAGUUCAAAAAUGCUUAAGUACGUUAAAUGGUUCAGCUGGGGUACAGUACUACCUGCCUCUUUUAGAGCACGGUGUCGGGUAGAGCAAGUUUGAAGAUACAGGUUAUAGAAUGUGUUUCAAUCAUGUACCGUUCGUGAAACAAUGGGAAAAACGAAAGAGCUGGUACCUGUCUAUGCAAGGACUCUUGUAGAGCUUGUCUCGUACAUUACAGGUCCCAAGUUGUGCAGGUCAACAACUGCAAGGACUCAGAUACUUAGUCAAGUUUGUCUGGUUGUGUCACUCGGUGUUCAAAGCUUGUGUCGUCAUGCAUUUCUUUUCUACACAAGAAAAAUUUGUGCAAGUCUUGCAUGUGUCUUCGAAUUAAGCAUUUGUGUGAGCAUUUUUUGCUCUCAUUGUUGCUGGCAUUUAUGUUGUGGCGAGUAUAUGUUGUUGAAAUAAAUUAUACAGUCUGUUUUUCUACAUUCUUCA